CCCCCCAGGCCCCGGUGCGAUCCUACAAACCCCACAGCAGCGCGGUACUGGCACUGGCAGCUGACGACCGCCUCAUCGUGUCCGGGAGCGAAGACCGAACCCUCGUGGUCAUCGACCGCCGCGCGGACAGCGUGCUGCAGCGCCUGCAGCUGCAGCACUACCUCCUCUCCAUGUCGUACCGGGGAACGCAGCUCUGGGCUGGGGACAACCAGGGUCGUGUCCACGUCUUCGGGAGCAGCGACGGCCACUUCCGGGCAGAGCGGCGUUUCGAUGUGGGGCACCGCCUGCAGAUCACGGGGCUGUGGCAGAACACGGGGGCCCUGUACACCACCUCCACCGACCGCACCAUGCGGAUCCACGUCCCCACGGACCCCCCCCGCACCAUCUGCUCUUGGACACAUGAUGAUGUUCUCAAUGGGAUCAGUGUGGAGGGCGACGUGGUGGCGGCCGCCUCUGGGGGUCUCUCGGUGGAGGUGUGGAAGUUCGGAGGCUGAGCGUGGCUGUGUGACCGCACAGGAGUGGGGGCUCUUCCCCUAUACCCCGCCCCAUGGAUGGAGGUGGGGACCCCCCCGCGCCCCCCCCACCGGGCAGAGGGGGCCCCACGGGCUCAGAGCGGCCCUUUGUGCGGGAAUUAAAGGGAUUUGGUUGGA